UAUUACAAUGGCAAGAGUUCGCUUCUCGGGAGUCUAUGGGUGAGGAUUUACCUGAACAUCCUUUCAAAUUGUUGUUGGUCGAAGAUAUAUUUAUCUGUGUGCCUGCUGAUAACAGAAUUGGAGAUGUUGUUAUUGGUCGUGAUGACAGCCUCAAGAUUACUUUUAGGAAAGAUAGUAAUGAAAACCAAGAAGGAAGUGGAAUCAUCAAUACCAGUGAAGAAGAUAGGGAAUUUCAUAUUUGGAAUGUGUUAAGAGUGGAGUUUGUAGGCGAUAAAAACGAAAGUAAUCAUUGGAAGAAGACGAAUCUUUGGCGUGCUUUUCAGUUUUGUCCAGAGGAUACAAAAUUGUCGGAAUCUUUAUUCCUGCAUGGAGCAGACAUCUACUCCAAGAACAAGGAUGAUGAAACAAUUAUAUGGAUUGCAGCAAGGCCUGGUUUACUAGAUGAUAUUUUCGUAGAACAAUGUUCUUGUUUCUAUUUUUUGAACGACAUAGCUUGUCUCUACCGUGCGAUACAUUCUCGUUCAUUUGAAGUUGUCAAGUAUUUCGUUGAAGAUUGUGGCGCUGAUGUAAAUUGUAACGAUGAGUCUGACCAAACAGCCUUACAUUAUGCUGCUGCUCAAGAUGUGCUAGACAUUGUGAAAUAUUUACUGGAAAAGGGCGCUCUUGUGUAUGCCCAGGAUAACAAUGGUAGGACAGCUUUGCACUUUGCUGCUGCUCAUGGUGCACUUGACAUUCUCAGAUAUUUAGUUGAACAAGGUGCUGAUGUGAAUAGUGAAGAUUUUAACGGUAACACAGCUCUACACUUCGCCAUUGAUAAAGAUGCACGUGACACUAUAGCACAUUUAGCUGAAUUUCAGGCUGAGAAAAGUGGAAAGAACACUGACGGAAUGACAGUUCUGCACAUUGCUUGUGCUAAAGGUGUACAUAGCAUUGUGAAAAAUUUAGUCGAACAUGGUGCUGUGAUCAACGGCAAGAAUACUGGUGAGACAACAAUUCUGAACGUUGUUGUUGGUAAAGAUGUUCAAGACGUUGUAAAAUAUGUGGUUGAACAGGGUGCUAAAGUGAAUCGCAAGGAUAGUGACGAAGACGCACUUCCGCCCACACCUGUUCCUUUUAGUAACCUUGACAUUAUCAAAUAUUUGGUUGAACAAGGUGCUGAUGUAAAUGGCAAAAAUGGAGCUGAACAGACAGUUCUGCACUUUGCUGUUGCUCAGAGUGUACCUGAUGUUAUCAAAUGUUUGGUUGAACAAGGUGCAGAUGUAAAUGGCAAGAAUGGGGUCGGACAGACAGUUUUGCAAUUUGCGGUUGCUCAAGGUGUACUUGACAUUGUCCAAUAUUUGGCUGAAAAAGGUGCUGAUGUAAAUGGCAAAGAUGGGGUCGGACAGACAGUUCUGCACUUCGCCGUUGCUCAAGGUGAACAUGAAAUUGUGGAAUAUUUAGUUGAACAAGGUGCUGAUGCAAAUGGCAAGGAUGUGGUCGGACAGACAGUUCUGCAAUUUGCUGUUACUCAGGGGGAAUUUGACAUUGUCAAACAUUUAACUGAACAAGGUGCUGAUGUAAAUGGCAAGGAUUUUGCCGGGAAGACAGUUCUGCACUUAGCUGUUGCUAAAGGUGAACUGGACAUUGUCAAAUAUUUACUUGAAAAAGGUGCUGAUUUAAAUGCCAAGGAUGGGGCCGGACAGACAGUUCUACAUUUUGCUGUUUCUCAAGGUGUUCUUGGCAUUAUCACAUAUUUGGUUGAACAAGGUGCUAAUCCAAAUGGCAAGGAUUUUGACGGCCAGACAAUUCUGCGCUCUGCUGUUGCUAAAGGUCAUAUUGACAUUGUCAAAUAUUUAGUUGAACAAGGUGCUGAUGUAAAUGAAAAGGAUGGGGCCGAACAGACAGUUUUGCACUUUGCAGUUUCUCAAGGUGUACUUGACAUUGUCAAAUACUUAGUUGAAAAAGGUGCUGACAUAUACAGCAAGGAUGCGGCCGGGCAGACGGUUCUGCAUCUGGCAUCCUGUCAAGGCAUACUUGACAUUGUUACUUACCUCGUUGAAAAAUUUGCUGACGUAAAUGACAAGGAUAUGGCUGGGCGGACAGUUCUGCACUGUGCUGUUGCUAAAGGUGAACCUGACAUUGUCAAGUAUUUGGUUGAACAAGGUGCUGAUAUAAAUGGAAAGGAUGGGACCGGACAGACGAUUCUGCACGUUGCUGUUGCUCAAGGUGUAUUUGAUAUUGUCAAAUAUUUGGUUGCACAAGGUGCUGAUGUAAAUGGAAAGAAUGGCGCUGGACAAACAGUUCUGCACGUUGCUGCCACUCACGGUGUACUUGACAUUGUCAAGCAUUUAGUUGAACAAGGUGCUGACGUAAAUGACAGGGAUGCAACUGGGCAGACAGUUUUGCGUUGUGCUGUUGCUCAAGAUGUACUUGACGUUGUCAAAUAUUUAGUUGAACAACGUGCUGAUGUAAAUGACAAGGAUUUUGUCGGACAGACAGUUCUACACUUUGCUGUUUCUCAAGGUGUACUUGAUAUUGUCAAAUAUUUAGUUAAACAAGGUUCUGACGUAAAUGGAAGGGAUGGGUGCGGACAGACAGUUCUACACUUUGCUGUUGCUCAAGGUCAACUUGACAUUUUCAAAUAUUUAGUUAAACAAGGUUCUGAAGUAAAUGGAAGGGCUGGGAGUGGACAGACAGUUUUGCACUUUGCUGUUGGUCUAGGUGCAUUAGACAUCAUCAAAUAUUUAGUUGAACAAGGUGCAGAUAUAAAUGGAAGGGAUGGGGGUGGACAGACAGUUUUGCACUUUGCUGUGGCUCAAGGUGAUCUUAACAUUGUCAGAUAUUUAGUUGAACAAGGGGCAGAUGUAAACGAAAAGGAUGGGGCUGGAAAGACAGUUCUUUACUUUGCUGUUGCUCAGGGUGUACUUGGCAAUGUCAAAUAUUUAGUUGAACAAGGUGCUCAUGUAAAUGGAAAGGAUUUUGUCGGGAAAACAGUUCUACACUUCGCUGUGGAUCAAAGUGUACUUGAUAUUGUCAAAUAUUUAGUUGAACAAGGUUCUGACGUAAAUGGCAACGAUUUUGUCGGGAAGACAGUUCUACACUUUGCUGUUACUCAAGGUGUACUUGACAUUGUCAAGCAUUUAGUCGAACAAGGUGCCGAUGUAAAUGGAAAUGAUUUUGUCGGACAGACAGUUCUACACUUUGCAGUGGAUAAAGGUGAGCUUGAUAUUGUCAAAUAUUUAGUUGAACAAGGUGCUGACGUAAGUCGCAAAGAUAGUGCCGGAAAGACAGUUCUACACCUUGCUGCCUCUCAAGGUGUGCUAGACAUGGUCAGAUAUUUAGUUGAACAAGGUGCUGAUGUAAAUGGCAAUGAUUUUGUCGGGAAGACAGUUCUACACUUUGCUGUUGUUCAAAGUGUACCUGAAAUUAUCAUAUAUUUACUUGAGCAAGGUGCUGAUGUAAAUGGAAAGAAUGGGGUCGGACAGACAGUUUUACAAUUUGCUGUUGAUCGAGGUGCUCUUGACAUUGUCAAAUAUUUAGUUGAACGAGGUGCUGAUGUAAAUGGAAAGAAUGGGGUCGGACAGACAGUUUUGCACUUUGCUGUUGAUCAGGGUGUUUUUGACAUUGUCAAAUACUUAAUUGAACAAGAUGCUGAUGUAAAUGGAAAGAAUGGGGUCGGACAGACAGUGCUGCACGUUGCUAUAGCUGAAGGCUUAUUUGACAUUGUCAAAUAUUUAGUUGAACAUGGUGCUGAUGUGAAUGAAAAGGAUGGGAUCGGACAGACAGUUCUGCGUUGUGCUGUUACUCAUGGUGUACUUGACAUUGUCAAAUAUUUAGUUGAACAAGGUGCUGAUGUAAAUGGCAAGGAUGGGAUCGGACAGACAGUUCUGCAUUUUGCUGUUACUCAAGGUGCACUUGAAAUUGUCAAAUGUUUAGUUGAACAAGGUGCUGACGUGAAUAGCAAGGAUUUUGUCGGGAAUUCAGUUCUGCACUUUGCUGCUUCUAAAGGAGUACUUGACGUUGUCAAACUUUUAGUUGACCAACGUGCCGAUGUAAACGGAAAGGAUGCGGGCGGACAGACAGUUCUGCAAUGUGCUGUUACUCAUGGUGUACUUGACGUUGUCAAGUAUUUAGUUAAACAAGGUGCUGAUGUAAAUGGUAAGGAUGUGGCCGGACAGACAGUUCUGCAUUUUGCUGUUGCUCAAGGUGUACUUGAUAUGGUCAAAUAUUUGGUUGAACAAGGUGCUAAUGUGAAUGCCAAAACUACCAGUGGGAAGACAGUUCUGCACUUUGCUAUUGCUCUAGAUGUACUUGAUAUUUUCAAAUGUUUAAUCGAAUUAGGUGCUCACAUGGAAUCCAAGGAUGCGGUUGGGCAAACAGUUCUGCACUUUGCCGUGGAGAAUGAUUUAUUGAACGCUGUUCAGUAUUUAGUUGAACAAGGUGCUGACAUCACUGCUGGGAAUGGACUUGGCGUCGACAUCCUAAAGAUGGCUGUUCUCAAAGAUUCCGUUGUCUUACUCAUGCUUUUGUUGGAAAGAAACUUCAAUGUGAGGAAUUCUGGAACAUUCCUUGUUGACGGAAGGCAAAUGAAUCUUCUGGAAUGGAGUAUUUACCGCGGCCAUGAUGAAAUUGCAACUAUUCUUAAAAAGUCCACAAAACAUCGCGAGAAAAUCCAGGCGUUAGAAAUAAGGAAUUGCAACCAGUUAGACGAGAGUGAAAUACCAUUAAAGGCUUUUGUCUCAAGCAGUGAAUUUAAAAUUGGCUGUGGCUCUCUUGGUUCCAGUGUCUAUGUUGGUCUCAUGGAGGAUGGAAGUGAAGUUGCUGUUAAGAGAGUGUUUUUAGAAAGUGGCUCCAAAACAGCUGAAAACGAAAAGGAAAUCAAGAGUCUCAUAGAAACAAAUAAUUCCCCGUUUGUUGCGAGUUAUCGACAUUGUCAUAAAGACGACAACUUUAUGUAUCUUAUCGCUGAUCUUUGUGAAGAAACCUUGAAAGAACUUGUUGACUGUCAAAGUAUUGAACAUCUACAAAAGAAUGGUCCACGGCUGAUUAAGGAAAUUCUAUCCGGGCUUGAAUAUCUUCAUCGUAUAGGAAUUUUGCACCGAGAUCUCAAACCAUCAAACAUCCUGGUAGAUGUCGAAGGUUACUUGAAAUUGGCAGACUUUGGAAUAAGCCGGGUUUUAAGGAAAGACGAGACAACAGUUGUAACUCAAGCUGCUGGUACUGAGGGAUGGAUGCCCGCGGAGGUAAUCUCGGCAUUUGGAGGGAAACAAAGGGGCCGUUAUAAAAAAAAAUCGGACGUCCAAGUUGCGGGUAUGAUCGCUUUCUUCAUCUUAACUAAAGGUAAACACCCCUUUGGUUCUUCGCUAGAUCGAAUGAAAAAUAUUUUUGAAGGAAAUCCUGUGCAUAUGAACGUGAAGAAUCUUGGUGAUCGUAAUGCUCGAAAGUUUGUGUCGUGGUUGAUUAGUCACAAAAUUGAUGAUAGACCUUAUGCUCACGAGGCUCUGAAAGAUUCUUUCCUCAAUGCAGAUUAAUCGAAUUCAAAACAUUAAGAAAAUGUUAAAGGUGAUAAGACAUUUUUUUGAAAUAUGAGUUUGUUAGAGAAAGUUGCAGCUUCCGCACGAAUUGAUCCCGAGGAUGUGGAAGACGGAGCUACCUUUGUUUAUAAAAAGUUGUAACUGUAACUAGAUGUAGAUGUGAAAAUUAGAAAGUUCGGCAUGCGUAUUCCUACAUCCGUGCUGUCCGAUGGAAUGGACUUCGAGUUGUAAAUUUGUAUACAUUUUAGUGUAUCCUACUUUAGGUUUUAAAUAUAUCUAGUCUGAGUCUGUAUAGAAGAGCUUUGUUCGUUUCAU